AAUGAAGGCGACUCUGUCCUUCCUCUGUGAAGGUUUUAGCAGACUCUGUGAAUCCAUCAUAAAGGGAUGGAACGCUUCUGGUGUUUGACAUCUCUCGCCUGCUUUAGACGAGCUGCUUCUCCAAGUCCCACCAACUCAGGGAGUCCAAACUGUGGAGCGGGUGAGAGAUGUUAUCUUUGAAUCUAAGCGGUCGCAGUUUCUGUUCUUCCACGAUCAUAUUCCCGUAUCAGAUGAAGCAUUUCCCUCUACAAAUGAAGGGAAAUCUAAGAAGCUACUCGAUCUAUGUUGGCAGAUUAGAACCGUACGAGAAAUCAUGCAGAUCUUUCGUGUGCAAUGAGAAGUCAACUUCCAACUCUUCGAUCAAGCAUUACGUAGAUCAUAAACCGGAAGAUGUCCAGCCGCCUUCUGCACAUCCGGUUGACGCUCUAGCAAGCAUUCUUGAGGAGCUGAAGGCGGUGCGCAGAUGCUUAUUGGCAUCGGAGAACAGAGAUCUCUGUCGACUCAAUCUGUGCCACAGGAAUUACCUGGAUAGUGCCAUGAACUUGUGCCAUCAUUUGGCACUCAAGUGCCUUGAUCUCCAGCGGCUCAACGAGGACCUCUGUUCUGUGGGACUCCAAAGCUUGGAAUCCAUAGGCCCUAGCGUGCUUCCAUGCAUCGACACCAUCAUCCAGCUCUUGGAACUCUCCGUUGGUACUACGACAGCCGGCGAGGAAGGCAGAAACGAGAGAGCGGCCGCCGCGAGUGCCAUGAGAGAGAGAGGUUUCUCCCAUGCAACAGCUCUGUUCGGUCCCUACCAAGACAGCGGGCAAGUGCAUGUCAUGGUGACCGCAGGAAAAGAAGCCAUUUCCAACGAAACGCUUAUCGCCGAUCUCCUCAAGGCUGGCGCCGACGUCAUCCGAAUCAAUUGCGCACACGACGAUCCCACCGUGUGGAGUGAGAUCGUCAGGAUCGCUCGACAGAGCUCGGCAUCGUUGGGCAAAUCAUGUCGGGUACUGAUGGAUCUCGCAGGGCCGAAGCUGAGGACUGCCUCUCUGUUGGUGAAUAAGAUCGCCGCAGUUGUUUCCCCGGAAUCUGAUGACAGCGGUGACAUGCUUUCUCCGGCUCGGAUUUGGCUGUGCUGCGACGGAAGGAGCCCUCCGUCUAACGAAUCAUGCCAUGCCAUUCUUCGCAUCGGCCAAGAGCUUUUCGGUGAGCUCAGGGUGGGCGACACGGUGAGCUUCGUCGAUCCCACGGGUGGAAGAAGACCAGUCAUGGUGGUGGAGAAGUACUGUCGUUCUGGCUAUGUAGCGGAGUGUUCAGAAGCUGCUCACAUAAGUUUGGGUGGGACACUUCAGGUGGACAAGGAAGACAAGAAGGUUUCCGGGCAGAUCUUGAAGAUACUCAUAGUAGAGAGAUAUAUCACAGUCGAGACAGGAGACGUGCUCACUCUCACUAGAAGCUGCUGCGUAGCUGAGAACGAUCUCCAUGACGACAGACACGAUUCAACCAUCAUAACAUGCUCCAGUGAUCACAUCUUCAACUCCGUCAAACCAGGUGAGCCGAUCGCGUUUGAUGAUGGCAAAAUCUGGGGUAUGAUUCAGGCUAAGAACAGCAAUGCGAUAGUAGUCAUGAUCGUUCAGGCCAACGCAAUGGGAUCCAAACUUGGCACUAAGAAGUCGAUCAACCUGCCGAAGAGCGACACCAAGUUACUCAGAGGUCUGACCUCCAAAGACCUUGUGGACCUCCACUUCGUUGCCGCCAACGCUGACAUCGUCGGCAUUUCCUUCAUCAGGGAUGCGAACGACAUGGCCAGCGUGCAGCGGGAGCUUGAGAAGAGGAACGUCCCGGCACUGGGGCUGAUGCUGAAGAUUGAGACGAGGGAAGCUGUCGACAAUCUACCUCAGUUGUUGCUGCAGGCGAUGCAGUCAUCGAACCCGAUAGGGGUUAUGAUUGCUAGAGGAGACCUCAUGGUGGAGUGUGGGUGGGAUCAAUUGGGUGAGAUCCAGAAAGAGAUCAUGGCCGUCUGCAGUGCUGCUCACAUUCCGGUGACAUGGGCGACCGAGGUUUUGGACAUUCUCAUCAAGUCCGGGUUCCCAUCCAGAGCUGAGAUCACAGAUGUAGCGAAUGCAAUGAAGGCGAGCUGCAUAAUGCUGAACAAAGGGAAGCACGUUGUGGAUGCGGUGGCAGCAUUGGAUUCCAUGUUGUGCAAGCACACUGAUAGGAGAAGGAAGAAGAUGCCGCCCAACCUGCCAUCGAAAUCCAGUAGGCUUUAAUUGAAGUGAAGUGCCAAAACCCGAUUUGUUAUCGAAAUGAAUGAAGCAUAAGGCAAUAAUAAAAACAAGGCUGCGAGUCUCUACAAUUAUUUGAACCAUUCUAUGCUUUCCAAUUCUAAGUUUAGUUUGUAAUCAUUUUGCCCUUCAAAUAAAACUCGU